GGCAUGAGGACAGCCGUCUCACCUGGAGCUGCUGGACAGAAUGACAGAGGCAGACUGACUCCCCGGGAGAACCUGCAGGGCGGGUUACCGCGAGGAUUGGGACAUGCCCACACUACACACCGACCACGCGCGCCACCAGCUAUUACUGUGGUGAAGUUCUGGUAUCACCUUCUUUGACGUUACACCAUCAAACCAGGAGGACGAAAGCAUUUUCUGGAAGAGAAUAAUUAUUCUGCAAGAUUACAAAACAUGGAGGCAGUGACUCCAUACUAUGAAAACAGUACAUACUAUGACAGCAGUAUAGAUGACAGUGACUUCGACAGUGAGCUCUGCAACCUUGACCCUCACCCUUUGGAGGUCGUCGUCCAGACCUUCAUCCACUCCAUCAUCUGUGGCUUCGGCCUGAUUGGCAACACUCUUGUAAUGGUCACCUACAUAUUCUACAAGAGAGCCAAGACGAUGACGGAUGUCUGUCUCUUCAACGUGGCUGUGGCCGAUCUGAUUUUUGUGAUGGCUCUGCCGUUUGUCAUAUACAAUGAGCAGCACAGUUGGUUGAUGGGCCGUGUGGCUUGCAAGGUGCUACACUCUGCCUACAGUAUCAACCUCUACAGUGGCAUGCUGCUGCUUGCUUGCAUUGGCUGUGACCGUUACAUUGCUAUAGUUCUGGCUAGGCGCUCCUUUGGUGCCCGCUCCCGCACUCUCAUGUACAGUCGCCUUGUCUGCUCGGGCGUUUGGGUGUUUGCUGUGGCUCUAACUCUGCCUACACUCAUUUACACUGAACUCUUGAGAGAUCCUCCUCUGGGUACUGAGACUGUUACUGUGACCUGUGAGAUGUCUUUCAGUGAGUAUGAAACAGCAAGGUUGAUGAAGGUGCUUGUACCCAGCCUUCAGAUGGUCAUUGGCUUCCUGUUGCCUUUGAUCAUGAUGGUGUUUUGCUACUCAUGUAUCAUAUGCACCUUGCUGAGAGCACAGAACAGCCAGAGGCACAAGGCCAUCCGUGUGGUGAUGGUGGUUGUUGUGGUUUUCAUUGUGUGCCAUCUUCCCUACAAUGUGGUACUGCUGAAGCACACCCUAUCCCUCUUUGUAAAGAGGGGCUGCAGUGCAGAAAAGAUCAAACUCCAAGUCCUGGGCUUUUGCAGAAGUGUAGCCUACCUCCACUGCUGUCUCAACCCAGUCCUCUACGCCUUCAUUGGAGUAAACUUCAGAAGCCACUUCCGCAAGAUAAUGUUGGACCUGUGGUGCUUUGGCAAGAAGUACAUCUACUCUGCCCGUUCAUCUCGUGGGACUUCUGACGUUUGCAUCUCAGGCGUGAAGUCCUCAGAUGUCUGCAACAAUAUGUCAUCAUUCAGUGCAUGAUGUUUCAACAGUGCAAGCCCUUCAUCCAGUCAUCAAGCAGCCUCUCUGCCCCCAGUUGUAAUAAUAAGUAAAUACGUUGAGUUUAUGUCAAAGUGUGCUUAAAUAGAAGUAGUAAAAUGCAUUUGAAAUCUCUUUGUAUCUUGAGUGUGGAUUAGUUACCUUCCAUAUGAAGUUUUCUUGUAUUAGGCAGUAACUUUCCUGCUGAAUGUAUUUUGUACCAUGUAAACCGAACAUCAAUAAGAAGGAAAAUAAAAUGUAUAUAUGAUUCAAAGUUCCA